GUACUUCAAAGUGAGUUUUUACUACCUCUUUGGAAUGUUUAGAUAACCUGCAUUCUGAGUGUUAAGGAAUGUAGCGCCAAAAUUUGUUCACAAGUGUAUAUAAUUAAAUAAGUUUAUAAUUUUAAAAUGGAUGAUGAUGAACUGUUGAACAGUUUGUUAGAAAAUGAGCUAGACUCUGUUAAAGAAGCUUCAUCCAAAUCAUCUGUUGAAAUGGAGGUGGAUUUGAGAACAGAUAAACUAGGUAAUUCAGAAAGAAUCGACCUUAAUGUAUCCAAUCUUGAAGCAGAUCCUUCUAAGGAUGUAGAAGAGUCUGAAAGCAAUGCAGAUAAGAAACCUCCAGAGAAAACAAGUAGUAAAAAAGAAGAAUCCACUAGAUAUCGACCUUUACAUCUUCCUCUCGCCAGAGUCAAACAAAUAAUUAAAAUGGAUCCUGAUGUGCAUAUGGCAGGAUCUGAAGCUGUUUUCUUGAUUGCUAAAGCUACUGAAUUAUUUAUAGAACUUCUAAGUAAAGAUGCUUAUGCAUUUACUUCUUCGGCAAAGAAGAAAACCAUCCAGAAGAAGGACGUGGAUUCUGCUAUUACGAAUGCUGAUGCCCUUGUUUUCUUGGAUGGAGCUUUAGAUUUCUGAUGUGAUUUGUUGUUUUCUAGAUGUAUAUAUGUAAAAAUAUAGUGUUUAUUUUUUGUAUGGCUUUAA